GCCGAAAGCUCAGAGGGAAAGCCUUUUACUACGUCUGUGGGAACGUCUUUUGUGAAGAGGACUUCCUGUACUCUGGUUUCCAGCAGUCUGCCGACAAAUGCAACGUAUGUGGACAUUUAAUCAUGGACAUGAUCCUGCAGGCGCUGGGAAAGUCUUACCACCCAGGCUGCUUCCGCUGCGCCAUCUGUAAUGAGAGUCUGGAUGGAGUGCCUUUCACUGUGGACACAGAGAACAAGAUCUACUGCGUGAAGGACUAUCACAGAGUUCUUGCCCCUAAAUGUGCAGCAUGUAAUCAGCCGAUCCUGCCCUCUGAGGGAUCAGAUGAAACCAUUCGAGUGGUUUCCAUGGACAAGGACUACCACGUGCAGUGUUAUCACUGUGAGGACUGUCAUAUGGAGCUGAAUGACGAGGAGGGUCACCGCUGCUAUCCUCUGGACGGACGCCUGCUGUGUCACGCGUGUCACCUCAAACACAUCGACCCUGCCGCCCCGCCGUCUACAGCAAACAGCUACCACAGUCAGUUUUAAACAUCUGCCUCCCCCUAGUGGGUGUUCAGAGACAUCACCGUUUGCCAAAGAUGCUCAGAUAUUGCAUUGCCAAAAGUCACAGCUGAGAUUGAGAUUACAAACUGUGUGAGACACAUUAUAAUAUAUUGUAUUAUGUCUGAAUUAUUUACCGUACUGUUUUCUUUUCUUUGCAUUUAUUAAUAUUUUAUUAGAUUGGAUUCAGAAAGAAAAUAGUUUAGCCUUUCUUGUAUAAUAUAAAUGCUGUAAACAAUAAACCAUUGGC